GAGCAAAGGAGCAGAUGAGGGCCUGAGCUGAUGCGUUCACAUUCUAGAUUCUGAUUAUACAUUGGUGGACAGAUCUAAUUAGUGGGUUGAGAACACAGGUAAUGAAAUCCUUAAACGUUGAAAGGCAGCUUAGGAACUGGAUGAAGCCUGCUGGAGGAACUUCUAGAACUCUGCAAGUCCUGAUUCACACAGCUGCUGUUCAAGGCUCUCAGUCACCAUGGCACUUUCCUGGAUCUCAGUCAUCACUUUCCUUGUGCUUUCCUCCAUUUACUGCAUUGUUUCUCAUCAAGACCCAGAGAUGUGGUUCCAAAACCUCUUCCCACCUAAGGUGUGUCCUGCCAAUGCCAGCAUGGAUACUUAUUAUGGUAUCAUGUUUGAUGCAGGAAGCACAGGGACACGAAUUCAUAUUUACACCUUUGUACAAAGAAGCCCAGAAAAGCCUCCAGAAUUAGAAGGGGAAAUCUUUGAAUCAGUCAAGCCAGGUCUCUCAGCUUAUGCAGAUCAACCUUGGAAAGGAGCAGAAACUGUCAGAAGAUUGUUAGAAAUGGCACAGGAAGCUGUACCACCUAGCCAUUGGAAAAAGACCCCAGUGGUACUGAAAGCUACAGCUGGUCUGCGGCUGUUAGCAGAGCACAAAGCCCAGGCUCUGCUCUCGGAGGUCAGGCUAGUCUUUGAGGAAUCACCCUUUCUAGUUCCCACUGAUAGUGUUAGCAUCAUGGAUGGAACUUAUGAAGGUAUUCUAGCUUGGAUCACUGUGAACUUUUUGACAGGGCAGCUAUAUGGCCGGAACCAGCAGACUGUGGGGACCUUGGACCUGGGAGGAGCCUCUACUCAGAUUACAUUCUUGCCGCAACUAGAGGGUACCCUGGAACAAACACCAGUGGAUUUCCUUACCUCAUUUGAAAUGUUCAACAGCACUUAUAAGCUCUACACACACAGCUAUUUAGGUUUUGGGCUGAAGGCAGCACGACUAGCAACAUUAGGAGCCCUGGAAAGGGAAGCAGAUGGGCAGACAUUCCGAAGUUCCUGUUUGCCAAAACAGCUCGAAGCAGAAUGGCACUUCGGGGGAGUGAAAUAUCAGUAUGGGGGCAACAGAGAAGCAGGGGAAACAGGAUUUGAAUCAUGUUAUUCUGAAGUCCUGAAGGUUGUACAAGGGAAACUGCACCAACCAGAUGAGAUUCGCAGAAACUCCUUCUAUGCCUUUUCCUAUUUCUAUGAUCGGGCUGUGGAUACUGACCUUAUAGAUUAUGAAAAAGGUGGCAUUCUAGAAGUGCAAGACUUUCAAAGAAAAGCUGAAGAAGUGUGUGAUAACCUGGAGAGGUACAGCUCUGCCAGCCCCUUUCUGUGUAUGGAUCUCUGUUAUAUAACAGCCUUAUUAAAAGAAGGAUUUGGAUUUGGAGACAGCACAAUUUUACAGCUGGCAAAGAAGGUGAACAACAUAGAGACAGGCUGGGCUCUAGGUGCUACUUUUCAUCUUCUGCAGUCCUUGGCACUCUCCCACUGAGAAGACAUUAUCUGCAGGAUACUUUUUUUGAAACAACAUGCAGUUUAACAGUGUACAGACCAAAGAAGAAGACCGGGCACCUCUGAGCUGCAGAACAGAAUGGGUUCUUCUAGGAUAAUAAGUGCUCUGGACAUGAAAUAGUUGUAUAAUGCCAAAGGAUCUGAGCUCUCGCUCAGUAGCCUUGAAACUGAUCUUGUUCAAGGAGCUCAGACAUGUCUUUGGCCAAAGCAUUUAUACACAUUUGGUACCAGCAGACCUCAAGGCAUGUUCAUAGUUGGAGGCCUUUUUGCACAUGAAACAAUGAAGGUUCACAUGUAAAGUAAAGGAGCCUAGACUAAUAACAAAAACUGGAAUGAGCUGUUUACCGAAACUUUCUUUUAGGCUGUUUGAAACUUGGUAAUUAAUCUUUUAGGAUUAGGUAAUUCCUAAGUCUGGGGAAGGGAGUUCUUGGCUGAGCUGAAGGAAAGACAAUUGGUGGAAGAAAUUAUUUAACCUAUGAAGCUGCAGAGAAUGUAAUUGUUUAGGAAUCGCCACAAGGAGUGGUUUCCAUUUACUAAUCUUUCUCCCUUCCAUAAAGCUGUGAAAUGGUAAAUACUGUGCCAGAGGCAUUUUUUCCAUCUGCUUCAGAAUGAAAUUUUCUAAAGAUUAACAGUCCCAAUUUACUGCAGAAUUUAAAUGUCUGGCUGUAACUGCAUCAAACUGAAAAAAUGGCCAGAUUCUUGUUUCUAGUAUAAAAAGUUUCUUCAUGCCUGAAUCAGAUUGUAGAUUUCCAACUGCAGUGUUGUGCACAUCAAUAUUUCAUGAAGAUAACACGAAUGUGCAGUAACUAAAUAUUCUAUCUUCGUAUGUGCAGAUAAACUAUUGGACAAAAUGUUCAGAUGGUUUUGUCCUUCUGCUUAUUUUUGGCUGAAAGCGAAGGACAAAUUGGUGUGUCUACAUAAUAUCUAGAUAAAAUGUGUUUAUACAUUUAGAAGAAACCACUUCCCACCCACAUCCAUUCCCAAUUCAUAAGGUACUGAUAAUGCCCACAGUGGUUCUUAACCCAUUAAUGGUUAAGAUAGAGCUCAAUUAAUCCACUUCUCGCAUUCUAGAUUUGGCUUACUGGUAGUGAGACAACCUUGUGCUUUGGUAGUAAAGAGGAUGGUAGAAGUAAGGACAGUUUGCCCCUGGACUACAGCAGCAUAAUUUGCUGGAGCCCUGGGUAAAUUAUUUUUGUCCUAAUUUGAACGUUUGGGCAUAUCUCAGUUUUGGAGCAUUGCUAUUUCUAUACCAAAGGCAAUCUGUGUUUGGCAAAAUCAGGGCCUUGUUCACCUUAGCUACUGUGUAUAUCAUAACAGAUGCAUAACUACUCCUCUAACGAAGACUUCCCUUCAGUACACCCCUCACCAUGGGCUUUGUCUACUUAAGGGGUGAAAGAUUAUAGUAAUAGUUUUUUUGUUCUGAUUACUCCAGUGGUGACACAGAAUUUAUCCUGUUUUCACAAGUGUCCAUGCCUAUCCAGUGAACUGUUUAUACUUUUAAUGAUCUGCAUAGGUUGACCUCUGUUUAAAGGAUUUAUGUACAUAAGUGGCAGAGGAGGAGUUAAUAAAGUAAACACUAAAUGCAAGAAGCUUUUUUUAAGAAAACAAAGAGGUUUUAGGAGGAGUUAAUGAAAUAAACACUAAAUUCAAGCAGCUUUUCUUAAAAAAGAAACGGAAGCAGAAACAGUUUUUAGUAUAUUUAAUCCUGGUGUAGCAGACAUUUUAGUUUAGCUUAAAUUACCACAAAAAUUUAAGCUGAACAGUGAAUAGACUGAGCCUCUCCAGUGUCUACAUAUGUAGCGCAAUAUGAGUGCAGGCUACAUGCUAUCAAAUAUCUUUUCAUUCAUUCUUUGUUCUCAGUUUGGUUGGCUGCAAAAGGGCAGCAUAAUUAUCUCUGUUUCUUAGCUGUAUUCAUAUUUCUUGGGUGCUGCAGAUCAGUUAAAUGGACAGCAUUGGGAUUAGCUGACUGGUACGUGAUCAAGACAGGGCCCUUUGAAUGUCUAUUUUAGUAAUUAAAUGAUAUUUUAACAUAA